AGAGCAUUGUCGAUACACAACAUCUCUGCUGAACGUUUCGAAUACAAAUGAAAGAUUUUGUCACGUGUACAAGGAAAGUCAACAUCUGGAGGAACCGGGAAUAGGUUAGGCAACUCUGUAUACAGAGAUGCUCAAAUGGAAAUUGGAUUAAUGCAAUUAGGUUAAAAAGUAAAAGAAGUGAAGUGAAGAAAAGUUAUUACAAAGCGAUGUCGGUGGUGCAAGAGAUUAAAGAGGAUUUAAUCGGUUCUGCUUUAUCGAAAAUCGAAGAAGCUGAAAACUUAUUGGAUUCGUUAAAAUGUUACGACGAUCUCGAUGGAAUGCAAAAGUUGAGCAGGAAAAUUAAACAGGAGCUGAACUUCUUGAAGAAAAUUUACAAGAGCAGUUCGAUAAAGAAGGAACACUUACAGUGUUCCAAUCUGACGCAUUUCUCUGCAUUGGUCGGGGUGCUGAGAAACACAGAGAAUUGUCAAUGUGUCAAUAAACCUUUCAAUUUGGAUGAUCGCAAGAUCGUUGUGGACAUGAUCUGCGAUGGGGGUCUGCUAUGGAUCAAAGUGGUCGCAAGGAAUCCGAAAUCUUUGAGCCAAAUAUGCAUGGGGAAUGCAGGUUACGGCGUUCGCAGCAUUUUGGAUCAGGCCGAGGAGUAUCUGGACUGCGCCCAGCUGUAUCCGUGCCUGUUCCAGACGCCGCAGAUCAGAUUCGUGUUCGCCAAUGGGAUAGGAACGAAGCUGUGCUCGAAACUGGAAUCGAUGGGCAUAGUUGUGGAGGGCGAGAGGCUGGACAACGUGGAUGACAAUCUGGAGUUCGAUAUCAACCCGACGUCAGAGCUGUCCAGCGGCAAUACGUCUCGAAUCAGGAAGGUCAAUCUGGACGUUUCCACGCUGCUCGCCUACACCAGCUCCGUCACGAACGGCAGCUGCAUGAAGUACGUCUUCGAUGUUCCCGUCCUGAAUCAGCAAGCGGAAUGGGAAUGCGUGAGACCGGUCAAGACGUUGCUCGAUGCUUUCUUCAAAGAUAAGAAACUGUACUCGUGCGAGACGGCCAUCGAAAGUUUCCGGGAGAUUCUGCACGUGGUCGGUGGACCGAACGAGAUUAAAAGAGGCGAAGAUUUUAUCGAAACCAUCACAGUUCUGCCGGACGAUGCGACCGUCGAGGAUACGGAGGAUCACGAAGACAACGAGUUCUUCAACAGCGUACAGUUCACGCCCGACAAGUCCUUACCGAUCGGUGGUAAAGUGAAGGAACGUUCGUUGAUCAUAUUCAAAUUCGGGGAUCGCAUCCAAGCAGUCACGGUCACCUCCAACGACGGAUUCGUACGGGCCGCCAAGCAGCAGGGCAUACACUUCGUGGUUCUGGUGCACGAGUCCAGGGCUCUAACGGAGCAGAAGGAAACGACGAAGGCCAGACUGAAAUGA